AUGGCAAUUACAUGGGAUGACAGGGUUGAUGCAAAGUUACUUUUUGCUAUAAUUACAACAUCGGCGACUAAGAUCGACUACAAAGCGGUGGCUGAGAUAAUCGGCGAGGGAUGCACUCCCAAAGCCAUUCAACAUCGUUUAGCUCGCAUCAAACUGAAGGCCAAUGAGGGAAACAGGGAAUCCUCUUCGCCAGCGAAGACUCCGAAGUCCAAAUCCAGCUGCAAGAAUGGAAAGGUUAACAAGAAGCGCGCCGCCGAAAUCUUGGAAGAGGAGGCUGGAGAUUCCAAAAAAAUCAAGCAGGGAGAAAUGAAGGAAGCUGACAGCGAUGAGUGA